AUGCUCUCAUCACCUCGUGGUCUGAAGCGUUCACGUUAUGGCAAUGUCAUGGGCGAUUCUUUGCGUCAGUCUACCGGCCUGCGCAUCGAUAAAGACAGACAGACUGCCAUUCCUGGCAUUGCAAGGAAACUGGCUACCAAACCUGCCUCACAACUAAGCGAAAGCGACGACUUGAUCUUGCGCACCGAUUCCCUCAUGGCCCAAUUGGAUGCCGACACUAAACUCGCAACCACUCCUGUUAUUCCCAAUCGCACAGCACAACAACUCGGUCAGCUCUGGCAGAAGAAUGCCCAGAUCAAAUCACAAUCCGGCUCAAUCGGUCCCAAAUCAAACUCCGGUCUUGACAAGGCAAACUAUCUGGCGCAGCUCGCUCUCCGUCUACACCAUCCCUUCUCCACAUCCGCCAAUGCCCCUUCCUCGUACCAACCCUCGAACGCUUACUCCAAUCUUGUCAUGUCCUCAGACCACCCUACCUCGAUCCCGCGUGCCCUGCUCGACUGGCUGAACACCUACCACAACCCAUUCCCCGAUGAUCUCACAGAUGUCAUGCGCCACCGUCCUACUCCUGUUGCUCACGAUCGAUUCUGGGACAUGGUUUAUGCCUGCACCUUGCGUGGUGACAUCCUCAACGCCAUCAGCUUAUUAGAAACUGCCGACUGGUCGCAAGCCGAGUCUGCUAUUGAAGAUGGUUACGAUGAACCUGGAUAUUCAGGAAGCCACCUUCACGCUGUUCGUGAAGUUGUCAGCCGCUGCGUGGAUCUGCUUAGUACCUGUCCCGCUGUCACUGAGAACGACUGGGAUGUCAAGGGCUCUGACUGGACUAUCUUCCGCCACCGUGUUCGUCGCGAACUUCAAGACUUGCAGGAUUUUGCAGAAGCAGACAGUCGUGACAAGGACCAAUUCCCGGCCGCACCCUUUGGCAGGGUAAGCAUGAGUUUCAGUACCGCCAGUCGCCGUGCCGAGAGCAAGGUGCCUUGGCUCAUCUACGAGAGUCUGAAAACUCUGUACGGUCAACUUCUGGGCAAGAGGGAUGAGAUCAUGGUUGCUACUCAGGACUGGUUGGAGGCCGUUAUCUUUCUUACUGCCUGGUGGGAUGGUGAAGACGACGAUGUCAUCUCAGAUGACUUCGCUGCCAGUAGACGCUCCAUGCGCCAGUCACAAUCCAUGCGUCAAGUGGACAUCUCGCCUGUAUUCGCUUACAAGAAACAACUCCUUCUGGCUUUCGCUGCUACCACCGACAAACCCGAUGAAGAAGAGUUCUACCUCAAUACUGUUAGCCCCAUCCAGGUCGGUCUUGCCUGCAUUUGUGAAGACGAUAUUCAAGGUCUUAUCGGUAUCUUGAGAUCGUGGUCUUUACCUGUCGCUUCUGCUCUUGUUGAACUAGCUACUGUUACAGGCUGGAUGCCCUCUUCGGCAAGCAACAUCUUGGACGCCUUUGACCAAGACGAUUUGAUGGUUUUGAAUCACGGUCAACCAACCCAGCCUGAAUUGAUCAAGCGUGAUGACGUCUUGAUACAAUAUGCUUCGGUAUUGGCCAAGAAGGAUUCCUUCAAGAGUGCGACUGGUAAACCUGUGCAAGAAGGCUGGGAUCUGGCUUGUCGUGUGCUUGGCCGUCUUGAUAGCUUCGAAACUGCCAAGUCAAAAAUCUCAGAGGUGCUGAACCAGAUCACCCUUGACUCAACGACACGAGUGGAUAAGGUCCUCGCUGUUCUCAAUGAGAUUGGUCUGCCUGACCAGGUUCGCGAGAUCGCCGAGCGCUAUGCCGACGAUCUGGCAGCUUCCAGUCAGGACUAUGGCAGCGCUUUGAUCUACUACGCCCGGGCACACGCUUCGCAAAAGCUUAGAAGUACCAUUGAUCUGCUGAUCUCAUUAUGUCUGGUGCAGAGUGCUGCCUUCCCUCCACAGGCAAUCAUUGAUCCGCAAUUGGAUGCUCUGCUCAAUGAUCAACACGCUACUCUUCACCAGGUUGCGCGCCAAGACGUCGCAGCUGCCCAACUACUUGCAUCACAGCUUAGUGGUUAUGCAACGCUGCGUCGCUUCUAUGACUUGCGCGACGCAGAUGCUGCCAAGGAUACAGCAGAAGCUGAUCCUGGUAUGUUGAGACCCUUGGCCCGGAAACGCGAAGCAGCCAGGGCCUUGAUGGCUGUCAUUGAGUCUGCCGCAGAUUCCAUCCGUGGAGGCUUGUAUGAUCCCGAGGCCCAGUCUGUAGUGCAGGUGGAUGCUUUGAUGACUUUGUUGUGCGAAGCAUUGCCUCUUAUGAACCAAACAAAGCAAAUCUUGAAGACACCGCACCUCCUCACUCUGAUACGCGCCAUCGAAGACCUCGAAACGAUUACACCUGGCAUUUACGCUCAAAACUCUGCUGUCUUCAACGCUGCAAUCAACACCUAUCUCUCAAACUCGAACACACCUAAUAUUGUCACAUCACAAUCAUCAACGCCGGAUCUCAGCAAGUCGAUUGCAGGCCUGAAGCAGAGUGUCAGCUGGAACAUGGUCAACAGCAGCGGCAGCAUUGCUUCAGAACAGAACGGCAAUGGCAGCGACUCCAGUGCUGGCGGGAUGGGGGGUAUACAGGUGAAGAGGGCCUGGGACUGGAGAGUCGGAGCUGUGUACAUGAAGGGCAAGAGUGUCAAACCCGAGGACGUAAUGAGGGUCUUAAGAUGCCAAGUCGCGAUCGAGAUGGGCAAGGUGUGGGUGUAA